UGCUUGGGGUUAUAAAUUGGAGCCCAUCAAGGUAAUGGGCAGAUCUGCUUCCUUGCAUCUUGCAAAAUCAAGCUAGACCACAAAGAAACAUCUUGAAGACAUGAACUCUCUUGCAGUGCUCACGUUGCUGUCCCUGGCACUCAUUCUGCCAACAGUGCAUCCUCAACUUGCCAAUAGCAGUUGCAAAUAUUUUGCAGACAACCUGCCUCGUAGACUGCGAGAGCUAAGAGUCAUAUUUAAUAAGGUUAAAGAUUAUUUUCAAACCAGAGACGAUAGGUUGGACAUCAUGUUGUUAAAAGAAGAUUUAUUGGAAGAUUUCAAGGGGUACUUGGGGUGCCAAUCAGUAGCAGAAAUGAUCCAGUUCUAUCUUGAAGAUGUCAUACCCAAAGUGAUCACCGGCAGCGCAGUUGAGCAGAAUGUUGGCUUUCUUGGCAAUUCACUGCUGGAUCUGAAACAGACCAUCAAGCGAUGUCAUAAAUUCUUCAUAUGUGAAAAGAAGAAUGAUACAAUAAAGAACAUAAAAGAAACCUACAAACAGCUGCAAGAAAAAGGAAUCUACAAAGCAAUGGGAGAAUUUGAUAUUUUCAUUAACUACAUUGAAGAAUAUCUUAUAAGGAAGAUGAGAAACUGAAACCGAGAGUUCUUCAUAACAGGGAAACUGUUACCUUAAAAAAAUAGUUUUAAUGUAGCCACUAGAUGGAAAAAAUGUUACAGGAAAGACAGUUACAGUAUAUAGCAGUAUUUUUAAUAAGAGUUUAUUUAUCAACUCAGAUACCUCAAUUUAGUCAAUGCUUUACAUUUUUUUGUAGUUGAACACAAGUUACAUAACUUAUUGUUUGAUGUUUUUAUAUAAGAGAUUGUUAUUAUCCUAUUAGAGAUGUUCAAAGUGGAUUUUUUUCAAUGAAAUUCUUUUUAGGAUAGAAAUUAUAUCACAGUCUUCUGAUAUGUACAUGUAUUAUGUUUAAGUAAAAACAAUGUAGAAUAUAGGAAGUUGAGCUAUACUGCUUGUUUUAGCCAAGAGUGAUCAGCAGCAGCUAUUCAGAUUUCAUACCAGCUCUAUCUAGAGAUGCCAGGAAUUGGAUCAGGGACCUUCUGCAAUCCAUAUGCAAGGCGUGCAUGCACAGAGAUUCUGGAACUCCCUCCCACAGGAGGUCAGGCUAGCCCCACCUUUGCUGUCCUUCUGCAAGCAGACAAAGACGUUUCUCUUCAGGCAGGCUUUUCUUUAGUGACUGUUGAAGAAACGAUAAAUGGGAUGGCUUAUAUUUUUGUUGCUUCCAAAUCUGUUUUUGUAAUACUUGUGCCUAACAUUUUGAUAUAAUGUUAUUAGUUCUUCUUUAAUAAUUGAAAAAUUUACUUUUUUAACAUUUAACGUUGUGUUUUUUAUGAUGUAA